AUGUCAGAAAACAACGAAAAAGAUAAUGAAGGUAUGUUUUUCUUAAGUCCAGGUAUUCGAAGCGUUAUACGUGACGUGAUAAGUGGUGCAACUGAACCUGGCAGCAGAUUUGAAAUUUCGAUGACAUCGUCCCUGUUUACUUCUUGUGAAUCUUUUUUUAAAGAGCUGUUACCCAAGGGAAUUACAGCAAAUAUUGCAGAUGUCUACCGAAUCGUUUAUAUGGAUUGGAUUUCAAACUAUCAUUUGGUAAGCUUCAUACCCAUGCUUACACUUAAUGCGUCAAUUGUACUCGGAGAUUCUAGACAUCCUUGGAUUAAUACUCAUGUGUAA